CCCUGGCUAGGUUUUCCAGCCACCAAAUCGGAAGUGCGGCGGCUAGGUCGCGGUGCGCAAUCGUCUUCUCCGCCCUCCUCCCCCUCCUUCGCUCGUGUGUUCCUUUGCGGAGGUGGUCGCCAUGUGUUCUCGCGAAGACCGGCGCACGACCAAGCGGCCUCUGGACCCGCUGGAUCGGGAGGCGGAGCACCGCAGUGAGCAAGAUCUGCGCGAGCAGGCGCAACGCAAGCGGCCGCUGGCUCGCAAGGGGGAUUUGGAUCCUCCUCCGCAGUCGUGGAACAAGCAACAGGAUAGAAAGAAGGAGGAGCGAAGGCGUCGGAGUCAAGAUCUGCAGCGUAAGGAUAAGCAGCACCAGUUUUGCGGCAACCGGGUUGGAGAUCCUUUCGCGAAGAAACCAAAGCAUAAGCCGUCCGGGUCGCUGGCUCUGCCAGCCCAGGCGUCGCUGGCGCUGUCUUCCUCCUCGCAGGGCAUGGCCUUGGCGCCCAUCCUGGUCGAGGAAGCGGACCGGCCAGAGUGCUUCAAGUGCGGCCGCAUUGGGCACUUCCAGUCGCAACGCCAGUUCAAGCCGCUCUGUGUGUUGUGCAAGGAAGAUGGGCAUGCUUCUGCUUACUGCCCCUCCCGUGGCAAAUCACUGAUGCUUCAAACUAUGGGCCACGCAAUCCCAGGGGAGGGCUUUUUCUGCUUGCAGUUCGAGGAAGAAGACGAUGAAGACAGUGGGGUGCUUGGGGGCAAUGCGGCCAUCAUUUCGGCAGAUCCAGGCACCCUCUCUCAGCAGAUUCUGGAAGAUGAGCUCAGGAACCUUGUCGAGGGGGCUUGGGUCUGGCAGGUUGUGCAAAUCUCAGAGGCGGAGUUCACGGUAGUCUUCCCAACCCUGGACAUGUUAUGGAUGGCCACCCGCAGUGGUAAGUUGUUCCUUCCCCUCAACAAUAUCACAACAAGGAUCCGUGAGUUGGUUUGGGAGGAGCCCAAGGGGGAAGUGAUGCCGGAGGUGUGGGUGAGGCUCUCGGGCGUGCCCAAGAAGCACCGCCGCGAGGACAGGCUGAUGGCUGCCAUGUCUAUGAUUGGCCGCCCUCUGGUGGUGGACGAGCUCUCGCUCAUUCGUCCGGGGCCAGUGAGGAUGAAGAUCGCGUGCUGUGCUCCAGCCAAGCUGCGGGGCAUGGUCAAGAUCUGGUUCAACAACAUUGGAUACAACAUCACGUUGGAGCCGGAGCUCAAGCCCAUGCGUAAGAGUGGAGGCCCGCCUCCUCCUAAUCAGAACAAUGGCAAGGGUCUUGAUGGCGAUGACAAAGACAAGGAAGAGAGCAUGGACGACGAAUCCAUCGACACUGAAGCUUGGGACAAGUUGGGCGACAACGGAAAGGAUGGCGGUGCUUCUAAUGGGGCCACUGCCAUGGCGGUGAAUUCGGUGCCUCCCCCAACCCCAUCCUCGCACCCACAGGCCACGGCUAAGGGCGGGCCAGGCAGUGCUCGCGCCUCUAACUUGCUAUCGCCGCUUGUUCCUUUGGUGCCGGUGGUGCCAGAGGCUGAUCCUAAGGGCAUCCCAGUGUCGUGCGAGGGCUCUGGUCUCGCGGUGCGGUUCUCUCCGCUGUCCGUGAGCGUGGGUGGUAGCUCUCCCUCCAAUGUGCUCGACAAGACACUGCCGCUCACACCGGCGCCUACCACUAUCAACCUGCCUCCUGAAGAUCGUGCAGACAUUGGCUGGGCUAGCCAUGCGUCUUGGGGAUUCAGCAAGAGGAACUCUGGCGGCCAAGCUAAUAAGAAGACAGGCCGCAAGAAGGCGUCCAGGACGGUGCCAGUUCUGGAGGGUACGAGCGCGCCGUAAACUCCCCGUCCGGUGGUGAUGGCUCUCGCCUCGCCUCAUCCUGCCUCUGGGACUGGGGGAGGGGAGCGCUCCACCCCUCCCUCCGGUGACCCGCUGCGCGACAAGGUGGCGGUGGUGGCACUUAUCUCCAAGGCCAAGGGUUCCAAGGCGGCUACGGUAGGUCCCCGUCGUUCCAGCGUGAGGCCAAAGGGCCCCAAGGGCGAUCUCUCCUCUCUCGAAAGCGCAGAGUUGCUGAUAGCAAAGAAGAACCUCGAGCUCACAGGAAUGAGCUCCGCUGGGGAGGCGUCAAGACGCUGAUGCCUGCAGGCGGCGAUGGCUAAGCUUCGUUGUACCAGUACCGGCGCGUUGUGCCUUUUGGUGUCCCGAGCCUGCGUGCUCUGUUCGGGCUGAUGGCCCUGUAAGCUGACUAUUUCUAUCUGGUUGUGUGAACCUUUUCGUAUGACUAUUUCUACCUGGUUGUGUGAACCUUUUCGUAUGACUA